UUUCAAUGCUAUUGUAUAUUCAAACGGUCACUAAAUGAACUGUUAUAAGUUGAGGACCACCUGUACAAUUUAGUAGCAGCAAAUGUAAUUGAUGAUUACACCUUAGUGAUAGUAUAUUUCUUAAAAUUAGAAAUGAUACCUAAAUAGUCUUGCUAGUAAGAGUUCUCCAGAAAAAAUAUCCAUGAAUACCUUCUCCAUUCCCAAUUAAGCAGAACUCAGAUUUAUUUAUUUUUCUUUUAUGGUUAAUUCCAAGCUAAGUGAAAUGCCCUUGAAUCAUAGAGUUUAAAGCAGGGGUGUCAAACUGGCAGCCAACAUGCCGGAUGUGUCACACACUAGCCUUGCCCACCCCAGCUCCACCAAGGCAAAAAAAGUCGCAAUACGUCACGAUACGUCAUGUCACAUGACAGGAUGCAUAAUAUUACAUAGUGUAACUUAAAUUUCCCUUUUCUAUUUGCUAGUCCUUCAAAGACUGAAUACCUUUCUAAAACAUUUCAGCCGUUUAUCCUUUAGUUCAAGGGGGGCUCUUUUAGGGCAAAUUGUGAAAAGUGCAAACUGAGAAAAUAUUGAUCCAAAGUCAGAGUCAUAGAUAGUACAAAUGUCAAAAGCCUUCUGAGGAAGUGAUGAAAGGGUGUUACAUAUCUGUGCCAUUUGAGAAAUAGUACUAUUUAUUGCACUGAGCCAAUAGACUCACUAUCAUGCAAAUAUGUAUAGGCUUUCAUUGAAGAAUUCUCUUCAGUGAUCUGCAGUGCACAAUUUAUCUUUUCAGAUUCAAUUAACAGUCAUACCACUACUUUUGCUUCUUCUUCUUUUUCUUUUAUAAAAGUGGCACACUCAGCAAUAUUGGUCUUCCCUGCUUUGUAUAUGUCGAUAAUGAAUGUCAUCCGAAAGUUGUGCAAAAUCUUGUAAUUUAAAGUUGCACAUUGCAGCAAAUAUUGCAAGUGCCCUUUUUGGCAGAUAGGCUGAGAAAACCCUUUCAUUCCUAUCAUUUCAUGUGAUUGCUGCACAGAAGGGUGGGGGGAGCCUCAACAUAAGUAAUUGCAUAGGCGGCUGCAUGCUUGGGGAAAGAUUUUCUAAAAUGGGGUUAUAUUGUUGUCACCGCCCCUCCCCUCCUUUGAACGGUGCAACCAGAUACAAGGUUUGUCGUUUCCUUGUUUAAAGUUGGUGUAUUUUUAGUCCUUAAAAUGAGAAUAGGUGACUAACGAUGUAGCUUCUGUCACAGGGGUGCAAAAACAAGACAACGGAAAAAUAAUAUCCAUUCCUUUUGCCAGUAGAUGGCGGUAUCCCUUAAUUUGCAGUCUUGGUUUUCAUUUCAUUAUUUAAAUAUAGAGCAGUCUCUUUUCUUCCUUCCCUCUUUUUUUUUUUUUUUAAUUCCCCCACAAGCACCCCCUCCCUUACGGAUGUUGGGGAACACGGAAUGAUUUUUAGAGGAAGACGCCAGGGCAGAAGGUUCCUGUAAAGGUUUCUUUUCAAUUUUGGGGGUGGAUCUUUUUUGUCCAUGAGACGGUGUAAAAUGGGAGACUUUGGAAGCUCCUAUCUUGAGGAACCUGGACAGCUGCAGUAAGGAAAAAACGGCAUAUGCAGAUCUAUGGAUAAUGGUUCUCCUGCUGAUGCUGUAAUAAUUUAUCACGCUUCUUCUCAGCAACAGGAAACAGAUCUGUACAGAGGCACACAAGCAUGCUAGUUUGUCUCUAACCAACCAGAAGCUGAAGGAAGUGCAGCUAAAAAUCAAUAAGCUGUUUUGUUCACCAAUAUACUUCAGAGGCAUGUUGUGGCAUCACAUCUACUUCCUGGAUCUAUCAGUGAUGACUUCAAAAUGAACUUCAGGCUCCAUGCUGAUUUUAAACCUUGCAGACAGCCAUGUGACUGAGGAGAGAUUGGAGAGGAGGAGAGGAGGAGAGAACUCUCCUGUUGUUGAACAAGUUUCAAUCAUCCUUUACAAUAUCAAAUGCAUUUUUUUAUGCAUGGGGCACAACUGUAAUUAAGAGCUGCAGGAUGAAAAGAUGGCACAGUCAGUGCUGGUACCACCAGGACCUGACAGCUUCCACUUUUUUACGAAAGAGUCACUGGCAGCUAUUGAACAACGCAUUGCCGAGGAAAAGGCUAAGAAGUCCAAGCAAGAGCGCAAAGACGUUGAUGAUGAUGAAAAUGGACCAAAACCGAAUAGCGAUUUGGAAGCUGGCAAAUCACUGCCCUUUAUAUAUGGAGACAUACCUCCUGGGAUGGUGUCUGAGCCACUGGAGGACCUGGACCCCUAUUACCUUAACAAAAAAACAUUUAUAGUGUUGAAUAGAGGGAAGGCAAUAUUCCGAUUCAGUGCCACAUCUGCUGUAUACCUGUUAACUCCUUUCAACCCUCUUAGAAAAAUAGCUAUCAAGAUUUUGGUACAUUCAUUAUUCAGUAUGCUUAUUAUGUGCACUAUUUUGACCAACUGUGUAUUUAUGACCAUGAGUAAUCCUCCAGAAUGGACAAAGAAUGUAGAAUACACGUUCACUGGAAUUUAUACCUUUGAAUCACUAAUAAAAAUUCUUGCAAGGGGCUUCUGUUUAGAAGGUUUCACGUUCCUCCGGGAUCCCUGGAAUUGGUUGGAUUUCACAGUUAUAACAUUUGCGUAUAUAACAGAAUUUGUAAACCUAGGCAAUGUUUCAGCUCUUCGAACUUUCAGAGUAUUGAGAGCUUUGAAAACUAUUUCUGUAAUCCCAGGUAAGGAGUGCUUGACGAAGUGCCAGGCCCCUGGUAUUUCCAGCUGUUUUUUGUGUGCUGUCAUUGUGUUUGUAUGUGAACUCCCCUAUUACAGAUAUGUGACAGAAUUUGUGGACCUGGGCAAUGUCUCAGCGUUGAGAACAUUCAGAGUUCUCCGGGCAUUGAAAACAAUAUCAGUCAUUCCAGGCCUGAAGACAAUUGUAGGGGCCCUCAUUCAGUCUGUGAAGAAGCUCUCAGAUGUCAUGAUCUUGACCGUGUUUUGUCUGAGUGUAUUUGCACUAAUAGGGCUCCAACUUUUCAUGGGGAACCUGAGGCACAAAUGCCUGAUUUGGCCACCUGACAAUUCUACUUUUGAAAUAAACGUCACUUCCUACUUCAAUAGCACAAUGGGAGAAAAUGGUACCUAUGUAAAUACGACAGUGACCACUUUUAACUGGGACGAUUAUGUCAGUGAUGACAGUCACUUUUACUUCUUGGAAGGACAAAAUGAUGCUUUGUUGUGUGGCAACGGUUCAGAUGCAGGUCAAUGUCCAGAAGGAUAUAUGUGUGUAAAAGCGGGUAGAAACCCCAACUAUGGCUAUACAAGUUUUGAUUCCUUCAGCUGGGCCUUCUUGUCACUCUUUCGGCUGAUGACUCAGGACUACUGGGAAAAUCUUUACCAACUGACUCUACGUGCUGCUGGCAAAACAUAUAUGAUCUUUUUUGUCCUGGUGAUUUUCUUGGGUUCUUUCUACCUGAUCAACUUGAUCCUGGCUGUUGUUGCCAUGGCCUAUGAAGAGCAGAAUCAAGCCACCAUGGAAGAAGCUGAGCAGAAAGAGGCAGAGUUCCAGCAGAUGCUGGAGCAGCUGAAAAAACAGCAAGAAGAGGCUCAGGCAGCAGCUUUAGCCGCGGCGGCGGGUGAAUCAAGAGAAUUUAGUGAAGUUGGUGGUGUGGGUGGAUUCUCAGAAAGUUCUUCAGCAACAUCAAAACUGAGUUCCAAGAGUGCAAAGGAGAGGAAGAACAGGCGGAAGAAGAGAAAACAGAGAGAACAGUCUGAAGGAGAUGAGAAAGAUGAGGAUGAAUUCCACAAAUCAGAAUCAGAGGACAGCAUUCACAGAAAAGGCUUUCGAUUCUCUAUUGAAGGGAACAGAUUAACCUAUGAAAAAAGGUUUUCUUCCCCACACCAGUCUUUGCUGAGCAUCCGCGGAUCGCUGUUUUCCCCCAGGCGCAGCAGCAAAACGAGUCUCUUCAGCUUCAGAGGCCGAGCAAAGGAUCUUGGAUCAGAGAAUGACUUUGCUGACGACGAGCACAGCACUUUUGAAGACAACGAGAGUAGGAGAGAUUCCCUCUUUGUUCCUCACCGGCAUUGUGAGCGUCGCAACAGUAACAUCAGUCAGGCCAGCCGAUCCUCCAGGGUGAUGCCCAUCCUUCCAGCAAAUGGGAAGAUGCACAGCACUGUGGACUGCAAUGGGGUGGUUUCCUUAGUUGGCGGGCCUCCUCCUCUUAUGUCACCCGCUGGGCAGCUUCUUCCUGAGGGCACCACUACAGAAACAGAACUAAGAAAAAGGUGCUCCAGUUCCUACCACAUGUCAAUGGAUUUUCUCUCUGAUCCUACUGCAAGGCAAAGAGCAAUGAGCAUAGCUAGCAUACUUACCAACACAAUGGAAGAACUUGAGGAAUCCAGGCAGAAGUGCCCUCCCUGCUGGUACAAAUUUGCUAACAUGUGCUUAAUCUGGGAUUGCUGGACUCCUUGGCUGAAAAUAAAGCAUAUUGUUAAUUUGAUUGUGAUGGAUCCAUUUGUUGACCUUGCUAUUACCAUCUGCAUUGUUUUAAAUACUUUGUUUAUGGCAAUGGAGCAUUACCCAAUGACCCAACAGUUUAAUAAUGUACUAUCCGUUGGAAACUUGGUGUUUACUGGCAUCUUCACAGCAGAAAUGUUUCUCAAAAUAAUUGCCAUGGAUCCUUAUUAUUAUUUCCAAGAAGGCUGGAAUAUUUUUGAUGGCAUCAUAGUCAGCCUGAGUUUGAUGGAGUUGGGUCUUGCAAAUGUGGAAGGAUUAUCAGUUCUAAGAUCCUUCAGAUUGCUUCGAGUUUUCAAACUGGCAAAAUCUUGGCCAACAUUAAACAUGUUGAUAAAGAUUAUUGGCAAUUCAGUAGGUGCCUUGGGAAAUUUGACUUUGGUUUUGGCUAUCAUUGUCUUCAUUUUUGCCGUGGUUGGAAUGCAGUUGUUUGGCAAAAACUACAAGGAGUGUGUCUGCAAGAUUUCCAACGACUGUGAACUCCCACGCUGGCACAUGAAUGAUUUUUUUCAUUCUUUCUUGAUUGUCUUUCGAGUUCUUUGUGGAGAAUGGAUAGAGACUAUGUGGGACUGUAUGGAGGUUGCUGGACAGCCCCUGUGCCUUACUGUCUUCAUGAUGGUCAUGGUGAUUGGCAAUUUAGUGGUUUUGAAUCUUUUUCUGGCCUUGCUCCUGAGCUCCUUCAGUUCAGACAAUCUUGCUGCUACAGAUGAUGAUAAUGAAAUGAACAACCUCCAGAUUGCAGUGGCUAGGAUUCAGAAAGGAAUAGAUUUUAUAAAAAGAAAAGUUCAUGAAUUUGUACAAAAAGCAUUCGUGAGAAAACAAAAAGCUUUGGAUGAAAUCAAGCCCCUUGAAGAUCUAAACAAUAAGAAAGACAGUUGCAUUUCUAAUCAUGUAAUAGUAGAUAUUGGCAAAGAUUUUAACUAUCUGAAAGAUGGCAAUGGGACCAGCGGCAUAGGGAGCAGCGUGGAAAAAUACAUCAUUGAUGAAAGUGAUUACAUGUCAUUCAUAAAUAACCCAAGUGUAACUGUGACAGUACCCAUUGCUGUUGGAGAAUCAGAUUUUGAAAAUUUAAAUACAGAGGAGUUUAGCAGUGAGUCAGAUCUGGAAGAAAGCAAAGAGAAACUAAAUGCAUCUAGUUCAUCUGAAGGUAGUACAGUUGAUGUUGGACUUCCCCAAGUUGGAGAACAACCAGAAGCUGAACCUGAAGAAUCUCUUGAACCAGAAGCCUGUUUUACAGAAGGCUGCAUCCGGAAAUUCAACUGCUGCCAAGUCAGUGUAGAAGAUGGCAAAGGAAAAUUGUGGUGGAAUCUUCGGAAGACUUGUUACAAAAUCGUAGAACAUAAUUGGUUUGAGACUUUUAUUGUCUUCAUGAUUCUCCUUAGCAGUGGUGCUCUGGCUUUCGAAGACAUAUACAUUGAGCAGCGCAAGACUAUCAAGACUGUACUGGAAUAUGCAGACAAGGUCUUCACCUACAUCUUUAUUUUAGAAAUGCUUCUAAAGUGGGUGGCUUAUGGCUUUCAAGUAUAUUUCACCAAUGCCUGGUGCUGGCUGGAUUUCCUCAUUGUUGACGUCUCUAUUGUUAGCUUAACAGCGAAUGCCUUGGGCUACUCUGAACUUGGUGCAAUUAAAUCUCUUAGGACUUUAAGAGCUUUAAGGCCUCUAAGAGCCUUGUCACGAUUCGAAGGAAUGAGGGUAGUGGUGAACGCUCUCUUGGGAGCAAUUCCAUCUAUCAUGAACGUGCUUCUUGUAUGCCUUAUAUUCUGGCUAAUCUUUAGCAUUAUGGGAGUGAAUCUCUUUGCUGGCAAGUUCUACCACUGUGUUAAUACCACAACUGGGGAAAUGUUCAGCAUUGAUGAAGUUGACAAUCAGACUGAGUGUGAGAAUCUCAUUGAAAAAAAUGAAACAGCCAGAUGGAAAAAUGUGAAAGUCAACUUCGAUAAUGUGGGACUUGGCUACCUCUCUCUGCUUCAAGUAGCCACCUUCAAAGGCUGGAUGGACAUCAUGUAUGCAGCUGUAGAUUCACGAAAUGUGGAAAAACAGCCACAUUAUGAGGAUAACCUUUAUAUGUAUCUUUAUUUUGUCAUCUUUAUUAUUUUUGGAUCCUUCUUCACUUUGAAUUUAUUUAUUGGUGUCAUUAUAGAUAACUUCAAUCAGCAAAAAAAGAAGUUUGGAGGUCAAGACAUCUUUAUGACAGAAGAGCAGAAAAAAUACUAUAAUGCAAUGAAAAAACUGGGCUCCAAGAAACCACAGAAACCUAUACCCAGGCCAGCAAACAAAUUCCAAGGCAUGGUCUUUGAUUUUGUAACAAAACAAGCCUUUGACAUCAGCAUCAUGAUUCUUAUCUGCCUUAACAUGGUUACCAUGAUGGUAGAAACUGAUGACCAAACUGAUGCAAUGGAAACUAAUUUGUAUCGAAUUAAUUUGAUCUUCAUAGUCCUUUUUACUGGAGAAUGUGUCUUGAAACUGAUUUCGCUCCGCUAUUAUUAUUUUACAAUAGGCUGGAAUAUUUUUGAUUUUGUGGUUGUCAUCUUAUCUAUUGUAGGUAUGUUCCUCGCAGAGAUUAUUGAGAAAUACUUUGUGUCCCCCACUUUGUUCCGAGUAAUUCGGCUUGCCCGGAUAGGUCGAAUCCUGCGUCUGAUCAAGGGGGCAAAAGGGAUCCGCACUCUGCUCUUUGCCUUGAUGAUGUCUCUCCCUGCCUUGUUCAACAUUGGUCUCCUCCUUUUCCUGGUCAUGUUCAUCUAUGCCAUAUUUGGAAUGUCCAACUUUGCCUACGUGAAGAGAGAAGUUGGCAUUGAUGACUUGUUCAACUUUGAAACUUUUGGCAACAGCAUGCUCUGCCUCUUUCAGAUCACCACCUCUGCUGGCUGGGAUGGCCUGCUAGCACCCAUCCUGAACAGCGGGCCUCCAGACUGCGACCCGGAGAUAGACCACCCGGGUAGCUCAGUCAAGGGAGACUGUGGCAAUCCUUCGGUUGGGAUUUUCUUCUUCGUCAGCUACAUUAUCAUCUCAUUUUUAGUUGUAGUGAACAUGUACAUUGCUGUCAUUUUGGAGAACUUCAGCGUCGCUACCGAAGAAAGUGCUGAGCCUUUGAGCGAGGAUGAUUUUGAGAUGUUCUAUGAGGUCUGGGAAAAGUUUGAUCCGGAUGCAACCCAAUUCAUAGAAUUUGCCAAACUCUCUGAUUUUGCAGCCUCUUUGGAUCCUCCUCUUCUAAUACCAAAACCAAACAAAGUUCAGCUUAUUGCGAUGGACCUGCCCAUGGUGAAUGGUGAUAGAAUUCACUGCCUUGACAUCUUGUUUGCUUUCACCAAACGUGUCUUGGGUGAAAGUGAUGAAAUGGACGCCCUCCGUAUUCAAAUGGAAGAUCGGUUUAUGGCCGCCAAUCCUUCAAAAGCCUCCUAUGAACCAAUUACCACCACAUUGAAACGAAAACAAGAGGAAGUAUCUGCUGUUAUUAUUCAGCGAGCCUUUAGGCGCUACCUCUUAAGGCAAAAAGUUAAAAAAAUUUCCCACAUGUUUAAUAAAGAUAGAAUUAAAGAAGGCAACGAUACAGUUAUCAAAGAAGAUAUGAUCAUUGAUAAGCUAAAUGAGAAUUCUACUCCUGAAAAAAACGAUAUGACUCCCUCCACCACCUCUCCCCCUUCCUAUGAUAGCGUUACAAAGCCCGACAAAGAUAAAUAUGAGAAAGACAAAUCAGAAAAAGAAGAUAGAGGUAAAGAUGUCAGGGACUAUAAAAAAUGAGCAAAAUGAAUGAUUCCUUUAUGACAAAUUGUUUACAGUUUGAGAAAGUAAAGUAUUAUUUCAAAAGGACUCCUAUAGGAGGUUUAUGCCAAACUGACUGUUUUUGCACACUUAGACAGACAUACACACACAUAAAAAUAUCUAUAAAUAUAUUAUGUAUGUAUGUAUAUAUAUGUGUGUAGAUAUAUAUAUAUAUAUAUACAUACAAAUGUUAGCUAUAUACUUAAGGUCAGUGCCUAUUAACAAGAUAGUGACCCCUUGCCAAUUCAAAUGCUGCUCUGUAAAACAGGAUGGCACUUUUGACAGGCGACUCCUGUUUGCAUUACCAGCUGACACUGCUGAAGAGGAAAGAAAAAUGGCUAUCCAGACUGUAGGGAAUCAGUAAAAGAGGUGCAAGCCUAGAAUUGACCUGUGUUGAUCAUAAAAUACUCAGAAACAAUAACCGUAUCCGCUGUUUGCAUUCCAACUGCCACACGUUUGCCAUAUUUUUACAAAAACCCAUGUCGGUGAAGUUGUCAUUUUUUUAAUCCACAGGUUGUUUACUAUUAUAUGUGACUAUUUUUGUAAAUGGGUUUU